UUUUUUUAAUUUUAAUUCACAUGCUGCAAAUUUGAGCUCCUGCUGCUGCUCAUAUGACAGCAAAGAGGGGCAGAGCAAUGCGCUGCCAUCCUCAGCGUGUGGUGGGAGCCUCCCGGCCCCAGGCACGGCCGCAGCGCUCCAGACGCGUCCCGUGGGAAUGGAGAUGGCUGGAGGAGAGCAGCGCUCACCGCCAAAGUCCUGCGGCCGCUCAGCUGCCGGGGCCGGAGCCACCUGCCCUCUCCCAGCAGUGACGCGGCCGUCACGCCGUGUUUAUGCAGCGGUUUGCACCGCGAUGUGUUUGCAGCGCCCCGGGGUCAGCAUCCCUGCUCGCAGGCUUGUCAGGAGACGCAUCCACAGCUGCUGGUGGCGGUGGGAAGGGGAGGGAGGGAAGCUGCGGCCCGACCUGUGCAGCAGCCUCUGGUGGGUCCGGUGUCCCGUGGUGGGGACAGUGUGGGUCACAUAGGCACUUCUGGAUCCAUCUGGAGAGUGCCUCCUGUGCUUCCCGAUCCCCCGGGAUGGCUCUUGGGGGGCUGUGCCAAGGGGUGGGGGGUCCUGAGGCAGCCAGGAGGGUCCGUCUGUCUCUGGUGUCCCUGCCCGUGAGCUGAAUUGUGUCCCUCCUGCUGGCAGGACUUGGGGCUAUCUGUCGCUGUCCAUCAGCCCCAGGAGCCGUGGGUUCCUGGGAAGCGGAGGGUGCUGGAGAGGUGAUGGAUGUCUGGGGAGGGGACGGUACCGGAGGAUGCCUGGGGAGUGUCAGUGGUGGUGAAUUCUGUUGGACACAUUUGCUUUUCCUGCAGCAGUGCCGCACAAACCCAGCAGGUCAGAGCCGGCCCCACACCAGGGACACAGGGCAGGGUCUGGAUGGACACUCCAGUGGGCAGGAGCAGGAGCAGAGGGACGUUUCAGCCCCCCCAGCCCCUGUCCCUGCCCAGUGUGAGACGGAGCCAGCCCCAGCCCCACCGCCUGCUUGGCACUUGUCACCCCACCAGCCUGGCUGCAGCUCCAGUGAGGGGAACCAGUUCCACUGGAUGCAGAAAGAGGCUUCUGAUUCCCAGCUUAGGGGAAAAAUCCCUCCUGGAGCAGGAACCUGUGCUGACUGGGUGAUUAACAGGCGUUUGCAAAUGUCCAAUGCAUAUUUCAUUGUCCUCUGGUACAUCUUUACACAACAAUUAGGCUGAGCUCGUGCCCAUGGCGCUGUUUCGGUGUCGUCCUUGGUGCCUUGUGGGGGCUGUGGUGGGAAGCUGGCACAGCUGUGGGAUGGCAGGCAGAGCCCUGGAGAGGCUCCUGGGGGCCUCAUGGCUUUCUGUGCUGCGUGGGGCCUACAGAACAGGCAGGGGGACGGAACAGGGGUCUGCAGUCAUUUCCAGAGACUCAGGGCAAUGCACGACCUGUUCUUGCCCCAGCAGAGCCCCAUCCCCAGGCAGAGCGUGACCAAGGUGAUGCCCACAGCAGGGAGGGAGCCUGCAGCCCGUCUGUCUCUGGUUUAUGAGAGCACCAAGCAGUCCCAGCAGGCGUUUUCAAUUCUGUUUAUCUGUGUUUCUCCAUUGAGUUCAUUUUAUUUCCCCUGAUUUUUAUUUCCUGGAAGAUUUAUUGAUCCUGGUGUUCUCAGUUUAUGACAGGUAGCAGACCAUAAAGCACACGGAGCAGCGGCCCCCAAUGGCCCCCUGCCUCCCUCCCGCUGUGGGGAUGUGGCUCCAAUGUCAGUGGGGGGAGAGGAACGGGGCUGGGGUGGGCAGGGGACCGGGACACUGCAGGGACAGGGCCCUGGCCAGAGUUGGUGACUUGUCCAUGUUGGCAGGAGCAGUGUCCAGGCAGCUUGGCCGACCCAGUGCAGGGUCCAUGCCCAGCCUGGGGGCUGCCUGGGGGGACCCUGCUCCCCUCUUGUGUCCCUGUGGGGGGCAGGGUUGGGGGUGCAGCGUCACCUCUGUCCAGGCAGCACCAGGGUCCACGGCAUCCAUCAGGGAGGGCACACGGUGAUGCUGGAGGACAUUUCUGAAAGAACAUGUGUCCCCAGCAAAGGUGAUGACCCUGGGUAUCCCUCUGCAGCAUCUUUGCUCCUCUGGAUGCACUUGGAGGGGGCCGAGCUCUGGGGUUAAUUAAUACAUAUGCUUCUCAAUUAAAAUCGGAAAGAAAGAAGGCGCUUGAUUCAAUCCAGCCUUUUCUCAGCUUAUCUGCCAAAUUCCCGUCUUUGGGAGCAGAUUUUAAUUGUCUUCCCAGUAAUUUGGACCUGGCUGGAGCCCUCAGGCCAUCACCCCGCCCCUGCACUGCUGGAGCUGUGGUGUCUGGGGAGCUGGUGCAGGCUCUGCUGGACCCACGGGCUUUGGCCAUUGCCCCUGCCAGCAGCAAUUCUGUGUGGCAAGAGCCUGAUCCUGGGUGCAGCCAGGGAAUGGGUGGGCAAGUGCUCGUUGAUGAUUGGACACAACACUCUCAGCACCACCGUGGCUUGGAGCACAGAGGAACCCUUUGUCCUGUGCCAAGAAGACCCACAGCCCUCGGUCACCAGAGCUGUUCUCUUGCCUGGGGUUCCCUCCAGUUCCCGGCACAGAUUCCAUGUGGCUGCUGGUGCCUGGUUCUGGAUGACUGGGAUGUGGGAACAGCACUGGGAAGCCCACCAGGACACCCUGCCUUGGUAAACCCCGGUGUUGGGAAUUUUUCUCUGCUCCCUGCUGAGAUGGAUUAAAGGAAAGCGAUAAGUGGAUGGGAUUUCCAUGCGUCCAGAGGGACAGGGAGAUAUUAGAGCAGCUCUUUUCACCGAGAUCCCCCACGACAUGACGGCGCAGGCGGGUGAGGAUGUGGAGAUGGCGUGUUCGUUCCGCGGCAGCGGCUCCCCCUCCUACUCCCUCGAGAUCCAGUGGUGGUACGUCCGCAACCACAAGGACUGGACGGACAAACAGACGUGGGCUUCCAGUCAGCUGAAAUCAUCACCACCAGAGGAGCCCGCGAAAGAGGCGACAAAAAUCAGUGUGGUGAAGGUGGUCGGCAGCAACAUCUCCCACAAGCUGCGGCUGUCGCGAGUGAAGCUGGAGGACGAGGGGACGUACGAGUGCCGGGUGAUCGACUCCAGCGACGGCAAGGCACGGCACCACAAGGUGAAGGCGUACCUGCGGGUGGAGGCAGCGGGGGGCCCGGGGCACCCCCAGGACACCGAGCUGCGGGAGGCCCCGCUGGCAGAGCUGGCCGUGCCGGGCUCAGCCCACGCACACCAUCACCACCACCACCACAAAGCCGGGAAGGAGCUGAAGAAGCGCUCGGCAGACACCUCCUGUGUGCUGUAGGUGGGCGGUGCGGGGGGACGCCGGAGCCCCCCUCCGCCCCGGACUCAGCGGAGCCAUCAAGGGUCCCGCACCCCCUGCCAGAGACUGGCCCCAGCACCCCGUCUUGUCCAGCAUCCCUCAGCAUCCCCCUCUCCCCCAGGGCGCCGCGGGUUCCUCCCCACGCGGGGCGCAGCGGGGCCGGGCUCGGCGCGGUGCGGGGCCGGAGCUGUCAGUGCCAUGGGUGAUCGCCGGGGCUGUGCCCGGGGCCGGGCCGUGUGCCCACAGCGUUCCCCAUCCCCCGGCCUUGUGCGGCUGGGUGCUCCCUGCCCGCCGCCACCGUGGUGCCGCGGGCUGUGCCGUGUCCCAGCGCUCUGCCCGGUGCGGACCCUCCCUGCCCUCCCCUCCCCUCCCCUGUGCUUCGCAGACCCAGCCGCCUGUUCCCGUAGGUUGCCCCGUUUAGUUGCUCGGUUCCAGCCCCACAGUGCGUAUCUAAGUUCCAGCCUCAUCCCACAGCCCGUGUGUAUCUGCCCUGCCCCUGCCUGCCCCGCAGCCCCCAGCACGUCAAGGCCUGAGCUCAGCAGAGGAAGGACGGCACGGCACAUUCCUGGCAUCCCCCGGCACGCUCGGGCAUCGCUCAGCCAGGCAGCUCCGUGCUCCGGGCGUGCCUGGGAAGGCGUGCUGGUCCCUUGCCCCCAUCACUUCUCCUCCCCUGGCAUUCCACAGAGGAUGGGGCGCUCAUCCGCCAGCCCCGUGCACCCUGGCCCCAUCCCGCUGCCCGUGCGAGCCUCUCGGCCCCCUCUCACCCGAGCAUCCCUCCCUCCCAGGCCACAGCACCACAUCGCCCCGGGCAGGGUCUGUGCAAACAGCAGAGCCCGUCCCUGCUGCCCCCACGGGUGACCACGGCCACUGGGGACGGAGCUGUGGGGAGGGAGAGGGGGGUCCCGAGCCUCCCCGCCCGCUGCCGGGCACUGCUCCCCUGCUGCCCCCCAGCCUGCCACCAUCAGACCUGCUGCAGCUAAUAAAGCUCUUUAAACGAA